GACCCACUGCCCCUAGUGCUUCGGGCUCAAUCUCAGUCCAGCUCUCAGUCUCAUGUUAUGAGCUCCUUCCAGAGAUUGCAAGAGUACACCGCAGAUCUGUAGCUCAUCAGUUCUUAACACAGUCAUCUCAUCUUGUCUUGUUUUGAUUCGAGGAUUGUCUUAUCACUGCGCGGAGGAGUUUGUUCCAGAUUUGCUGAGGUCCUAGCAGAGCAGAAGCCUCAACCAGAGUUCGGAGCUUGGGAUUGGCAAUUCGGGAACUGCUUGGAAUUUACAGGAAUCGUAGAGCAAAUGUCGAGCGGUCAACAUGCUGAUUCCCUCAAAUUGUCACAGAGGGAUUUGAAGAGACCAGGAGAGACGGAGCUGCCCGGGGCUCCGAUAGUACACGUCGAAAACGUCGAGCAGGUUCAACCUGGAUUGACAGGAUCGGGAAAGAAGUCCGUGGAAGCUCCUAAGCACCAUCAUCAGAGUCCGCCCAUCACUCAUGAGACUGAGAACGUAAAGACUACUGUGACAGAGGAGGACGAUUCCGACAUGAAGACUUCUUUUGUCGACAAGAUGAAGGGCAAAGUUUCACAGAUUGGGGACAAAUUGAGGCCCAACAAUGCUGUUCACGCCAAGGAAGAGGAUCCUCACCCAUCUGUCAUGUAGAGUGGAUAGUUAUUUUCGCGCCACUUCAUCUUCUGUUUAGUGUACAUACAAAUGAAUUCAGAGAAAGAAAAGGUCCAAUUUUUGUAAAUUUAAUAAACUUGAGAACUGAGUACCACCACUCCUCAUGUUUCUCCAUGUCUUCUACACUC